AUGCUUCUAGAACAGGGGCUUCUGAGUGACUGCGGGAACAAUUGCUUCCAAAUGAACUCGUGCAUCUUAGCAGGGAGCAUUCAGACUACACCCCAGGUCUCUUCUGAUGAUUCUGAAGCCAAACCUCUGAUCUUCACAUUUGUGCCCAUUGUCAGAAGACUUCCAAUCCACUCUCAGUUGACUGACACCUCUAAAUUUGUGGUUAAAAUUCCUGAGGAAGCAAGUGAUAAGAACUCAGACACUGUAAAUAGGUCUAAUUCCAAUGAGUACUUGACAUUAAAAUGCAGGAGCCAACAAAAGAGAGAUCGAGAGGCACUGAUUAUUCUGAAGACAUCAGUAAAAACAUUUCACAAGAAGAAAAAGGAUUUAAAGCAAAACAAAACCUCAGGAAUGCAGCACAGUGACCUCUUCAAAGCUGAAUAUGUCUUUAUUGUGGAUUCUGAAGGGGAAGAUGAAGGUACAAACAGAAAAGGUGAACAAACUCCUCAAUGGAAAAGGGCGCCAUAUCUCCAAGACCAAGUUUUUCUGGCCAUCUCCUCCAGUCUGGUCUCUGAUAUUGAAUGUCCCAAAAGUCAUGGGGUAGAACUUCAAGCCCCGUCACAUUCUGAGAUUACCCAUGGCACAACUCCUCAGCAAAAGUCUGGGCAGUUAACUUCUCCCACUACCACUGAGCAGCAUGCCUGUAAACCACGUGCUUUCUCCUUUGUUUCUCCAACUAAUCAGAAAAUACCACCUCACCCAGUUACCUUCGACCGAUCCUCUGUCCUAGAGGAAUUCCACACUAGGAAGCUGGAUAUCAGUGGGGCCAUGCUGGAAGAAACAACUACAUAUUUUCAAACUUCAGCUCACUCUUCACCCCUUUUUGCAUCAAAGGGCACUUCUUCAACAUUACAGUUCCCUCAAUCUACUCAGUUAUCAGGUUCUAGCUUUUCCAGUCCAAGUGCAGCUGAUCAAAAACCUGGACAAGCACCUGAAGUUCUGAAGAUGACAAAAUCUUUGACCUCGCAUGUCCUUAGUCCCAGAGAAAGUUCAAGAACCUCUUCUCCACCAUCCUCCAGUGCUUUUUUGAAGUCAAAUUCUGCAUCCUACAUACCAGUUCGUAUUGUCAUGCACUUACUCUCUCCAAGCCCCAAACCAUUUACCACUUCUUUUCAUGGUUCUUCUUCAACUAUAUGUAGCCAAAUGUCAUCUAGUGGAAAUCUGUCCAAGUCAGGGUUAAAAUCUGAAGUACCCUCUCGACUGUCCCUUCUCACUGCUAUUCUCAAAUCAAACCCUUCUCACCAAAGAUCCUCUUCCCCUGCAUCGUGUCCCACCUUCUCUCUCAACUCCCUGACUUCUUCCACAAUUACUCUUGAUCAAGAUGUAAAAAAAAACACAGCCAUGCCUAAAAAGUCUCUCUCAAGUUGUUCCCUGAGAGCCGGGUCCCCCAAUAAAGGAGAAACUCUGGUUCCUGAAUUUACUCAGCAAACUUUACACUUUCCCUUUUUUUCCAAACUUGACCCUCUUUCAAAGGUGCCUGCCCUUUCUCCCACAAAACAUACAGGAAUCAGCCCUGGUUCUUUGAAUGUAGAGAAAACAUUGUCAUCUACUUCUUGGAAGAACAAUCCAACUCUCUCCCUGCAACCCAAUAUAUCAAGUACUGCAGGUCUUCCUCCUGUUACACAGAGCCUUUCUUCACUUUCUUCAAAGGACAAACAUGAUGGUGGGCUUAGAUGUACAGAAAAGCCCAAGAAUAUUUAUAUGUAUCCUUCUACAUCAACCUUCUCGGCAGUGUCUUCUGUGUCCCCUACUAACCAAGGAGUUAUGAGCUCCUCUCCAGAUAAAAGUUUCCAUCCUUCCCCAGCUCUUUCAAAUCUGAUAAAUAGAUCCAUGAGAACACUAUCAGGCCAGGGACAAACUCCUUCAUCUAUAGCUCCUGUCUCUAGUGCUAGCUCCUCUGAUUCUCUUCGCAGCCUAGAGCCCCUCCCACUUCCUCGUGCUCAUCUGUCCACCCAGGCAAUCCCGUUUGGUCCCUUGUUACUACCCCCAAAUUGUGACAGUAGUAACUUGCCUUCAAGAUUGGGGAAAUCUGAAAGCUUAGUGUUUGACCACAGGUCAUCUGUUACAACCCCACCACCUCCCAUCUCUCUAAGAGGCAACGAAUUGAUUUCUCCUUGUGCACUGGCCAAGCAAACAGACCCUGAAAAUAAGACAUCUCAGCAGUACAAGACCAAGUCAAGCUACAAGGCUUUUACAGCAAUCCCUACAAACAUAUUUCUAUUGGAACAGAAGGCAUUGGAUAAACCUCUCCAAACUGAAAGUAUUUCCAAAGACAACGUAUUUGACCCACCAUUGGAGUUCUGUUUCCCUGCACAGCUCAGGAAGCAAACUGAAGAGCUCUGUGCUACCAUUGAUAAGGUCUUACAGGAUUCCUUGUCUAUGAUGCCUACAACUCUUCCAAGAGCAGCUGGUCGAGAAACCAAAUAUGCAAAUCUCUCAUCCCUCUCUUCUACAGUAUCUGAGAGUCAGCUGACUAAACCUGGAGUCAUUCGCCCAGCACCUGUAAAAUCAAAAUUAUUACUGAAACAAGAAGAAGAAAUCUAUGAGCCAAACCCUUUUAGUAAGUACCUGGAAGAAAGCACUGAGCUCUUUACUGAGCAGCCACAGAAUGGUUGA